AUGAGUAUUGAUACUCAGACAGUAGCUGGUAGCUACGAAGAUACGCGAUGGAGAUAUCUCAACCAGAUUCGUCACAAUGCCGGACCCUAUACCGAUCCUGGAGCUACUGAACCAGAAUUUCUUGCUCAAUUUGAAAAGUUCAAGAUUCUUGUCAUUGGUGCGGGCGGCCUGGGAUGUGAAAUCCUCAAGAAUCUUGCCAUGUCGAAAUUCAAGAAUAUCCAUGUGAUAGAUAUGGAUACUAUUGAUAUUUCCAAUUUGAACCGUCAAUUCCUCUUCAGAAAGGAUGAUGUUGGCAAGUAUAAAGCCGAGGUGGCUGCUGAGUUUGUCCAGAAGAGAGUAAAGGGCGUCUCCAUAACAGCCCAUAACAACCGUAUCCAAGAUUUCGACGAGGACUUCUACAAACAAUUUCAGCUUGUCAUUUGCGGCUUGGAUAGCAUUGAAGCCCGCCGCUGGAUUAACGCUAUGCUGGUCUCCAUUGCCGAGGGAGCAGAGGACGACCCAGAUGCGAUAAAACCAUUGAUUGAUGGCGGCACCGAAGGCUUUAAAGGCCAAGCCCGAGUCAUCUUUCCGACGAUAACAUCUUGUAUCGAGUGCCAGCUUGACAUGCACGCCCCACGUGCCGCUGUUCCACUAUGCACUAUUGCUUCCAUCCCUCGACAACCCGAGCAUUGCAUCGAGUGGGCCCAUGUUAUUGCUUGGGACCAAGAGAAGCCAUUCCCAAAGCUAGAUAAGGAUGACCCGGAACACGUUACAUGGCUGUUCCAGAAAGCUCUCACGCGAGCUGAGGAGUUUGGUAUCCCAGGUGUCACUUAUUCCUUAACACAAGGAACGAUCAAGAACAUCAUCCCGGCUAUUGCUUCUACUAAUGCCAUCAUCGCCGCCUCGUGCUGUAAUGAAGCUUUCAAGAUUGCAACAACCUCAGCACCAUGCCUCGGAUUCGAAGAGAACUACAUGAUGUACUCGGGUAACGACAGCAUUUACACCUACACCUUUAAGCAUGAGAAGAAGGAUGAUUGUCCUGUUUGUGGACGUCAAGCUCGCCCCCUUGAGGUCAACCCCAAGACCACACUGCAAGAGCUGAUCGAGUCAUUUGCUAUCCGACCUGAAGCUCAGCUAAAGAAACCCUCAAUCCGUGCCGAAGGAAAGACCUUGUACAUGCAGUUCCCUCCUGGUUUGGAGGAACAGACACGCCCCAACUUGAGCAAGACGUUGCAAGAACUCGGGCUCGAAGACAGACAGCAGGUCGUUGUCACCGACCCAGCAUUCCCUCUCGAGUUCGAAUUCUACUUCAAAUUCAAGACAGUUUCGUGA